AUGGUUUACAAAACUUCAUUUGUUAUUCUUCCUUUGGCUCUCAUCUUUCUUGAUUUCAUCUUAAUCUCAUCAUUAUCCCAACCGAAUCCAACCACACUUAACGUCUUAACCUACGGAGCUAAACCAGACGGUUCAACAGACUCAACCAAAGCCUUCUUAGCCGCUUGGAACGUCGCUUGUGCCUCGGCUAAUCCUACAACUAUCAUCGUACCAAAAGGACGAUUCUUGGUCGGUAACCUUGUUUUCCAAGGCAACAAGUGUAAGGAUGGUCCAAUAUCUUUUCGUAUAGCCGGCUCAAUCAUUGCUCCAGGAGAUUUUAGAGUUCUCGCAAGGUCAGAACAGUGGAUCAUGUUCGAACAAGUUACUGAUGUUUCAAUCUACGGUGGGGUACUUGACGCACAAGGCACUGGUUUAUGGAAAUGCAAGAACGAAGAUGGACAUUGCCCUACCGGUGCCAAGACAUUGUUGUUUACCGGGUCGAAUAACAUCAAUAUCAACGGUCUAACGUCGAUCAACAGCCAGAAAUUCCAUAUAGUUAUCGACAAUAGCAACAACGUGAACAUUGACGGUGUUAAGGUUUCUGCUGAUGGGAAUAGCCCUAACACCGAUGGGAUUCACGUCCAAGCAUCUCACUCAGUCCAUAUAACUAACUCGAGAAUCGGAACCGGUGACGAUUGUAUCUCCAUCGGUCCAGGAUCCACUUAUGUAAACAUACAAAACGUUCAAUGUGGUCCAGGCCACGGCAUUAGUAUUGGAAGUCUUGGGAGAGAAGAGGCAGAACAAGGAGUAGAAAACGUGACCGUGAGUAACGUGGAUUUCACAGGGACCCAAAACGGAGUUAGGAUCAAAACAUGGGGGAAAUAUAGCAAGAGUUUCGCUAGAAACAUCGUUUUCCAACAUAUUAAUAUGAAGAUGGUCAAGAACCCAAUCAUUAUAGACCAACACUAUUGUCCUGACAAACCUUGCCCAAAAAAGGAAUCUGGUGUUAAAGUAUCUAAUGUGAGAUACGAAGAUAUACAUGGUACAUCGAGUACGGAUGUGGCGGUUAUAUUGGAUUGUAGUAAGGAACAACCAUGUACCGGAAUUGUAAUGAACGAUGUGAAUCUCGGCUUGGUUAACCGACCGGCUCAGGCUUCUUGCGAUAAUGCAAAUGGAUUAGCAAACGACGUCGUCCCGUUCACUCCUUGCCUAAGGAAAGACUUACUAAUGACUUGA